CGCGAAGCAUGCGAGUUGUCAUUGUUGUCCUUGCGCUUGUGAUCGUUUUGUCAUCAAAAAACAAAAUUUACCGAAUAUUUACCUAAUUUCCAAACAUAAUCAAAGGAUUAAUGUUUUCCUAACGAUGUUUAAAAGCAUUCUCCUCGAGAAGCUUCAGAGAGAGAGAAUUUCAAAGUUUAUGUCAAGAAAGUGAUUGUUUAUAUUAUUUGAGAAAAAGUGAGGUUAACCGGUUAAGAUUCAGGUGCGAACUGCGAAAAUGGAGAAAGUGAAUGAAAUAAACAAAACAGGAUGCAAAGAACUUUUGGUAUGGCGUAUGUUUCUUGCAAUUGUAUUAAGUAUUAUCUUUCAAUUCUUCCUGAUGAGCAUCAUUAUUCUCGUGACAAAUUUAAAUCCCAUUAAUCCAUUUGCAUGGAUGCUAAACACGUGGAACGUGAUAUUCAGUUUUCGAAUGUGGUGGUACUUUUUACUUUUGGCAACGGUUACAUUCCUCCAGGGAUUUAUGUGCAGUAAAGACUAUUUAAAUCCACCGAAAUAUAUGUCGAAUCGAUUUUUUAUAUUCUGCAGUAUGCUGGGGCCGAGGAAUGUUUUAUUGUGUACAUUGUAUAUUAUUGUUGGAGGGAUUUUGACAUGGUUGCAUUUAUCGCUUAAGGGUGGACCUUACAGUUCUCUUACGAAAAAUUGCAACACCACUGAUGGCUUAUGUCUUGUGGAGGAAUAUUUCUUUUUACUUCUUGGUGGUUUUUGGAGCGGAUUGUAUUUCUUCACAAAAUAUAAUAUUUACGCCGUACAAUUUCUCCAGUUCUCGAUAAUUCCACAGACGAAAUUUUCGCAGAUCAAGAGAGCGAUACAUGAAUUAUUGCCGGGUGCGAUGUCGAGUGCUGUUUGGCCAGCUCUCUAUUUCACGGGUUUUUACUGUCUAUUCGGAGCGUACAGUCGAUCGUUUCUCAUGUACCUGAUUCCAUUUUCCCUCGAGGACGAACCACUGGACAAAAUAUCGAGACUUCUGAAUUUAUCGUUAAUUUUCUACUUGUGGUUGUAUGGCUCUUUGUUUGUCAUAAUGGCAAAUACAAUGCAUUUGAUGUUUCAAGCCUCGCUCACCGAAUGGAUUCCCUUCGACAUUGAGCGUCACAGUGUCUUUAAUAAUGAAAAACUCAGCAUCACACUUGCCGAAGUUUUGGCCAUGGAGGACAUACCGAUUAUUCGACAAUUGGGAUAUUUGGACCUUGUGACCCUGGCGCAGAAGGAUAAAUCAAGAAGGGGAUUGCUCUUCACUCUCAGCAAACCCGGCGGUCAUCCUUAUAAUUGGAAUCAAAUUAUUGAAAAUUGCCUCUCGACUAUCGCCGAAUAUACAGUGGAAUUGAAUUCUAUUUUUUCGGUGAAGGAAGAAAAACAAUUGGAAAGUGAAUUGAAUCCUAGUGGUGUUUAUCAAAAACCUUAUCAAUAUCAUAUGAGAAGUUUGGCAGCGUCGACAACGAAAUCAAUGGAAACUCCACCCGAAGCUACUAGUGAUCAAUUCUUCAUUCGACUGUACAAGAAUUACAAACAAAAUGUAAUCGACUAUCUUUUCUCGAAGCCAUUAAUUUGUUUUAUAUUCGGCGAGCAAUUGGAUAGUAAAGCACGUCAUGUUUUGUCGAAAAGUCAACCGAUUGUUUGGGCUGAGGACGCAAUUUCAUCGCUAGCCGCUGUUUCCUUGACCGAAGAUCCCUAUGGGAUUGUUCUUAAAGAUUUGCCGAAAAUUAUCGAAACUCUCUUGAGUAUAAAGCAGGCUCUUGAUAAAUUGCAAAAGGCGAGUGUUCUUAUGAGAAAACCCGUGAGUAGUGACAAAGUAUUGAGACAAUGUUUAACAUCUUUACGUAGUGCUACGCGCCGAAGUAUUUAUCGAAUUGUCACCACUUUUAAAGAUUUUAUCGAUGAUUUGAAACUCGCUCCUGAAAUUGUCGAUCAAUUGCAUCCGUUUUUUACAUAUCGGGAAUAAUUUCUUUUUUUUUGGGAGGGGAAUACUUUGAAAGUGUGACAGACUUGAUGAUAUUUAGUUAAUAAGUAAACAUUAAUGAUAUUUUUCUAAGAAAAAAGUGAUAUUUUGUAAAAUCUUUGUUUACUGUUCUUAAUAUCAAAAUUCAAGUGUAUAGAAUUUUUGCAUCGAAAUAGAAUUUAAGUGGGGGAAAUAUUGGUAGAAUAUUUUUUUUUCCUACUUUUUGUUAAAAAAACGGUUUGAUUUUAGUUUACAAAAAAAUUAUGAAAUUGUAUGAUUUUUUCUUGUUUAUGUAAGUAGUUUUAUUUAGUUUUCCGUUGAUAAAAAACAAAAUGUUUUCACUUUUCAGAAUAAAAUUGAUGAAAAUCUCAAAAUUUACACUUUUUAA